AUGCUUCAGAUAUGCUGUGACUGUUGUCUUCUGGGGAAGGAAGUCCAGAAGCAGAACAUACCCUGUGACCACAAUUUGUCUGUGGGAUACCAGUGCAGCCUGGUGGUCCGGGCUUGCUGUGUAGAUAGCGCUUCAGACAACCAGACGGCACAAAUGGAACAGACAGAAUUGCCAAACAGGGAUGACACCAAUGAAAAUGUAGACAAUUCAGUCCUAAACAAUCAGUGUAAUGGAAAGUGUGCCCAGCUCUGUCUGGGAAAUGACACUUGCGCUUGUUUGAAAGGCUACAAACUCAAACCUGACGGAAAGAGCUGUGAUGAUAUCAACGAAUGUUUGCUGGGAGCCAGUAACUGUCGGGGAGGCGAGCGUUGCAUCAACACCAAGGGCUCAUUCCGCUGCAUGAGAGAGGUCAGCUGUGGGACCGGCUAUGAACUCACUGAGAGCAACAACUGCAAAGAUAUCGACGAGUGUGAGACAGCGAUCCACAACUGUGGUCCUCAAUUUGAGUGCCAAAACACCCAGGGCUCUUUUCGUUGUCUUCCAAAGAUUAAGUGUGCCGCUGGCUUUGUCCAGGAUGCUCUUGGAAACUGUAUGGACAUAAAUGAAUGCCUUACCCAUACAAGCCCGUGCCAACGAGGGCAGAUCUGCAUUAACACUGUGGGCUCAUAUAUCUGUCAGAGAAACUCUCUAAACUGUGGUCGAGGCUACCACCUCAAUGACGAGGGCACGCGCUGUGUUGAUAUUGAUGAGUGUAAAGGCAUUCAGGAAGUCUGUGCAGGUCAUGCUUGCAUCAAUCAACUUGGAUCGUACCGCUGUGAGUGUGAAACGGGAUACAACUUCAACAGCCUCAUUCGUGUUUGUGAAGAUAUAAAUGAGUGCAGACACUACCCAGGCCGCCUGUGUGCUCAUAAGUGUGACAAUACCCCAGGCUCCUACAAAUGUAGCUGUACCACAGGCUUCAAGCUGGCCAGUGAUGGCAGAAAUUGUGAUGAUCUGAAUGAGUGUGAGAGCAACCCAUGCAGCCAAGAGUGUGCCAAUGUGUACGGCUCCUACCAGUGUUACUGUCGCCGUGGCUACCAGCUCAGCGACAUUGAUGGCAUGACUUGCGAAGAUAUAGACGAAUGUGCCCUUCCCACCGGAGGGCACAUUUGCUCCUAUCGCUGUCACAACACCCCGGGCAGCUUCCACUGCUCCUGUCCCACCAACACCUACACUUUGGCAGUAAAUGGGCGCAGCUGCCAAGAUGUUGAUGAAUGUGUUACGGGACAACACAUAUGUUCAGAAAGUGAAAGCUGCUUCAAUAUACAAGGAGGAUACAGAUGUCUGUCUUUUGACUGUCCGAAAAACUACAGACAAUUUGGACAGACUCGAUGCGAACGCUUGCUUUGCAAUGAGCCUGAGUGCCUGACCAUGCCUCUGAGAAUAACCUACCACUACCUCACACUCCCCACCAACAUCCCUGUCUUGACUGUCAUCUUCCGCAUGGGCCCCUCCCACAUCGUGUCAGGCGACGACAUUCAGAUAACCAUCACAACUGGCAACGAGGGCGGUUUCUUCAAGACAGAGCGGACGCCCACCGGUGGUGUAAUGUCUGUGGCUAAGCUCAUUGACAAGGCACAGGACUUUAAUCUGUCUGUUGAGAUGAGUUUGCGCCGCUAUGGCUCAGUGACCACAUACCUGGCUAAAGUGCUGGUGUUUGUUACCCAGGACGAGCAAAGAGUAACUUAUAAUGCCCUACUAGAAUAA